AUGUCAAUAAUUCGUCCUAAAAAUGCUUAUCCGAAUGUAAAAUAUUUUGAAUCCAUUGAAAUAUUAAAUCAAUUUGAUAUAAUUCGAAAAAAUUUAGUAAAAAAAAAUUUUCAUAUCGAUCCAAAUUAUUUAACUAAAGAAAAUAUAGCUGAAAUUAUUAUUCAAUUAGUUCAUUUGCAAGAAGAUCUUCUUGGUCAACAAUCAAAUAAACAAAUUACACGAAUUCCUAUGAAAUGUUUUUUAGAUUUUCAUGAAACUGGUGCACUUUAUCUAAUUAUUCUUGGUUGUUUUCAAUAUAAUAAUUGGAAAAAUUUAAAUUUAACCAUUUAUUCUCGUCAUGAAAUUAUUAAAUUAUUUGAAUAUUUACAAAAAUUAUUGAUUGAACAACAUAUUUUAACAUUCCCACGAUGUUAUCUUCAUUCAAAUAUUGAUAAAAAUUUACAAAUACAAUUAAAAACAAUUAUUGAAAAACAUCAUGGAACUGUUGUUGAAUAUGAACAAGAUGCUGGUCAUAUUAUUUAUCCAUUAUUAAAUGAAAAUCAACGAAAUAUUCAAAUUGAACGUGAAAUAGAAAAGCGUGAACAUAAUUAUCGAUUACAUUAUUGGUUUUAUCCAGAUUCAUUUGAUAUUUGGCUAUCGAAUAUAGAUGAUGAAGAAUCAGAUAAACGACAUGAAACAUUUCCGAGAAUAUGGCAUAUUACAGCUAAUUGGAUUUUAGAUACAGAUUUAUUUAAUGAAUGGAUGAAUGAAGAAGAUUAUCAGAUUGAUAAAAAUUUAGUAGGAAGUUUUUUAGUUUUUCGUUAUCCUUUUGAAAAAUAA